GGGGCGGCGCGGGUUUGAGGGGAGGGGGCGGGGCGGGUCCUUCCUCGGUGGUGUGGGGGGGGAGGCGGGGAGGGGGCGGGGGCCCAUGUGACCGGCUCAGACCGGUUCUGGAGACAAAAGGGGCCGCGGCGGCCGGAGCGGGACGGGCCCGGCGCGGGAGGGAGCGAAGCAGAGCGGGCAGCGAGCGAGAUGCAGCACCGAGGCUUCUUCCUCCUCGCCCUUCUCGCCCUCCUGGCGCUUACCUCCGCGGUGGCCAAGAAGAAAGACAAGGUGAAGAAGGGCGGCCCGGGGAGCGAGUGUGCGGAGUGGACCUGGGGGCCCUGCACCCCCAGCAGCAAGGACUGCGGCGUGGGCUUCCGCGAGGGCACCUGUGGAGCCCAGACUCAGCGCAUCCGGUGCAGGGUGCCUUGCAACUGGAAGAAGGAAUUCGGAGCCGAUUGCAAAUACAAGUUUGAGAGCUGGGGGGCGUGUGAUGGGGGCACAGGGACCAAAGCCCGCCAAGGCACCCUGAAGAAGGCGCGGUACAAUGCCCGGUGCCAGGAGACCAUUCGCGUGACUAAACCCUGCACCUCCAAGACCAAGGCCAAAACCAAAGCCAAGAAAGGGAAAGGAAAGGAUUGAGGCUGGGUCAGGAUGCCUCAGAGCCACGACUUUACCUGGGGCCUGGCCAGCGCCUUUCCCCUCCUACAGUCCUAAAACAUAACCUACCAGUGCCUUUUGUCUGCUUCUUAGCUUUAUCAAUCAUGCCUGCCUCUGCUCUCUCCCUCCCCACCCCUACCAAGUGCCCUCAGUGGGGAGGGACAAGGGAUUCUGGGAAAUUUGAGCCUCCCCGCAAGGGGAUUUGAUUCCCAGUGCCCCCUUUUGUUCUUCCCUCCAUCAUGCCUGUUACUAAGAAAUAAAUAAAAUGAAUCAACUUGUUUCCCAAUAAAAGCUUUUCUUUUAAUAUAUAAAAGUCCCUU